GCUCCGCUAUCAAACUCGACAUCAGCGCCUUCUGAAGAAACCAUGGAGGCUGAUGGCAGCAACAGUGGAACCAACCUCUUUGCCCCAUCAGGUGAUUAAACUUAAAAAGUGUGCAGAUGAUUUGUAAUAUUGAUGAUAGGGAGCUUAAGCAACGACGUGUUUAACGACGCACGUAAAACCGGCAGUUCAUUUUUUGCAUUCUCGCGUCAUGAUUUUGACAAUUUUUUUUGCGGCCAAAUCGUCUCUACGAGAGUUAGGACACUUAGCAAUACCCUAACAUAUGUUGACACCGCGAUAGGACUAGCUCAGUCGGUAGAGCGCUUGACUGAAGAGCGGUAGGUCGCGGGUUCGAUUCCCGGGAUCGGACCAUUACUCAGGGUCUUGAAAUAACUGAGAAAUGAAGGGUACUCCCUUUAUACUGCAAGCGCUAGACCUUCGCGUGGCUCGGAUGACCUCGUAAAAUGGCGGUCCCGUCUCCAGUUGGAGACGUAAAAAUAGUGUCCCCAAUCAGUACUGUCGUGCUAAAUACAAUGACGCUCAAAUAAAGUGCUUUUUUUUUCAUACUGCGACGAAGAGUGGGAAAACCCUAUCCAAUAUGUCACAAUCCACUUUCAAGAUCGGCGCGUUACAGAAAACUCGCCGAAGUCAUCGUUAUGUGUGAACAGAACCCCUAUCUGGUAUGGUUUUCGUGUCGGCGUAAGAUCCGGUGUAACGUUAACAUGGCCGAAGUGAACAAAUUGUGUUUUUACGGUGGUUACUUAACCGUUGCGGGUGUUACUUUAAGUAGUUUCCUGUUUCUGUGGGAAUCCAUUUUUUGAUUGUGCCAUGAGCUCUUUCACCCCUGCGCUCGAAGUUAACAGGGACUUUAACGACGCGACGGCAACGAGAACGUCGCUUAAAAAUUGAAUUCACGUUCUUUUUUAGUCUUUACAGCGAUUAUUCCUGCCCACUUACUUUGUCAAAUGUAGGCGAACCCUCCUGAAGCUGAAAUUCAGGUGACCAUAUUCAAGCUCAGAAAGAGAAAUUAAAAUUCGUCGUGUUUGUUUACGUCCUCCUUAAAACGCGAAAUUAGGCAUUUUCGCGUCGAAGCCGUGCAAAAAGAGGAAAGAAAUGUACGAAAAAGCGUGGUGCACGUGCAAAGUUGUUGUUUUGCUUUUUAAACCUUUUGUUUUUUUGACGUUCUCGUUGCCGUCCGCGUCGUUGGAUGUUUAAGUCCCUAAUGACUUCUGUAAACUUACCUCCAUGAAUUAACCAUUUCUCCUUUUCUCUUUUAGCCAACGCAAUGACCACUCCAUUUGGUUCCCCUGGGUCCAGCACAGGAUUUAAUUUUGCAGCCCCAACCCCUCCCGCCUCAGGAGGCUUUAACUUUUCUUCACAGGCGACUAACACGGGAUCAUCCCCGUUUGCGUUUGCACCGGCUGGAGGAGGGACGCCUUCGUUUGGUGCUAGUAGCACCCCAGCGGCCAACGGUGAGCUUUACGGCUUGUUGAAAGGGCAGUUUCAAUUUUUGUCGUUUUACAUUUCUCAUUUAUACCAAAGCGGCAUUACCUUCAGUGAUUUUGUUACCCCUGCGCCCUGCGUUCCUGACAAGUAAAAAUCGCCAAAGACGCAAAAUAAUUCAUGACAUGCAUCCCGUAGGACACCAAGAUCGAUUGACCAAUCUGAAAAUGUUUUUGUAGUAUAUCUUCGUGUGAUUUCUGUGGCUGUUGUUUAACGAUGCGUAAUGAUUUCAGUCUUUUUCUGUGCUUCAAUUAGAAGGUAUGUACUGUAUUAAAGAGUUUUGGACUAUGUAUUCAGAUUAACUGUCUGGUUACAUAAAGGCCCAAGCAUUUUCGAUUGAGGACUCGUUUUUUGAACUGGGACUCAAUGGUUCUUGACUGGAACUCAUAAUUUUUCUCAAGAUGGACUACGGGACUCACCAUAACUAUUUCUAACAAAAACGCUGAACGUGAACUGAGGUUCACGUAAUCUUGAAUCGCACUUCUAAAAUAUGAGUCCUUAAAGGUUUCUCCUUAAACUUAUUAACAAUUUACUAAUUUGACGUUCUCUCGGUUUAUAGCAACUGCUCCCGCCGGUUUUAACUUUGCUCCCACGGCGACUAACAAUAACCUGAAUAGCUCCGGAAUGUUCAGCUUUGGAGGCGGGCAACCCCAGGGGAACACGAUGUUUACAGCAGGAACUGGCGGAGAAAAUGCGGGAAUAGCCGGGAGGAAGUUCAAAAAAGCCGUGAGACGCACUAAGCGUUAG